AUAACCUCGAGUGAUCAGGUGCUUCCCUUCCCUGCUCCUUCCUCACCUCUACCUCCCGCUACAUCACAUCAAUCACACACACAGACAACGUCACACACUCGCAAUCAUGGUCGUCGCCUCUGCCACCACCCUCCCCGUCCAGAACAAGACCCACUACGAAUCCCGGUUCGACCCCCUCAAGGUCCUCCAACACCCGGAUUUCAAGGUCCUCGACGAACAAGACCUCUCGCAAUUGAAACAGGGGGACGAUAGCGUCAACCUCGCUUGUGCUUAUAACGAGAAGCAUGAAGUGCAUAUGAUCAGGAAACCUCAUGCUGAGCCCGGGCCUGGUGAGGUCAAGCUCAGGGUCAGGGCUACGGGAAUCUGCGGCUCCGACGUCCAUUUCUGGAAACACGGUCAGAUCGGACCUACCAUGAUCGUCACCGACGAAUGCGGCGCGGGGCACGAAUCCGCCGGAGAGGUCGUCGCCGUCGGUGAAGGUGUCACCAGGCUUCAAGUCGGGGACAGGGUAGCCAUCGAAGCCGGUGUCCCUUGUAGCAGGGCUGAUUGUGGAGCUUGCGCUUCCGGUCGAUACAAUGCUUGCCCGAACGUCGUCUUCUUCUCCACCCCGCCUUACCACGGUACCUUGACACGAUACCACGUCCACCCUUCCGAAUGGGUGCACAAGCUGCCGGACAACGUCUCUUAUGAAGAAGGUAGUCUUUGUGAACCGCUCGCCGUCGCCCUCGCUGGUAUCGAUCGGGCGGGGAUCAGGUUGGGCGAUGGAGUCGUCAUCGCCGGCGCUGGACCUAUCGGCCUAGUCUCCCUCCUCGCCGCCAAAGCCCUCGGUGCGACCCCGAUCAUCAUCACCGACCUCUUCCAAUCGCGUCUCGAUUUCGCCAAGACCCUCCAUCCGGGCGUACAGACCGUCCUCGUCGAGCGGGGUCAGACGGCCGAAGAGGUCGCCGUCAAGAUCAGAGAGGCCGCAGGAGGGGUGGAUUUGAAGUUUGCCCUGGAGUGUACAGGGGUGGAGAGUUCGAUCAGGACGUGUAUCUUUUCGAUGGCUUUCGGAGGAAAGGUGUUCGUCAUCGGUGUCGGGAAAGCCGAGCAGAACAUCCCGUUCAUGAUCUGCUCGGCCAACGAGAUCGACAUUCAGUUCCAGUACCGAUAUUGCCACCAGUACCCCAAGGCCAUCCGACUCGUCGCCGCAGGACUGAUCGACCUCAAGCCGCUGGUCACCCACCGAUUCCCCCUGGAAAAGGCCGUCGAGGCCUUCCACGUCGCUGCCGACCCGACUCAGGGAGCGAUCAAGGUCCAGAUCGUUGACGCCUGAGGCCGUUCUUCCCUCUAGGCUGGCGGGGACGGGAGUAAGAGGCCUCUCGUCGCGAGCGGUCGUUAUGACAUGGUGCAGAUAAAUUUCACGCGGGUU